GAAAAGCGGCGGGAAGCGCACAUUAUACACAUGUAUAUAUAUAUACACGUCCUACACUCACGUAUGCCCCUAUUUAUUUCACUAUCAUUCCGUGUCCGCUGCGAAUCUUUGAUAUAAACUUUACAGUGUCGCCCAAGAAAUCGAUAGUGCUGUUUCGCGAGAACGCGCAAACUCACCGCUGCUGCGAUCGGUAAAGUGCGAAGGAAAAAACGUUUUCCCUAUAGAAGUGAAAAACAAUUUCCACCAAAAAUUGACUGCUGCAGUAAAUGAUAAGAAAAUGGUUGAGUUAUAGCGUGGGUUCUCUUAAGUUCAAGGGCAGGAAGGCUGACGACGAUGGAGAGGCUGUAUCGAAAUUGAAAAUUGCUGGUGCCAUUCCUCUCCUUGUCUCCAGCACCCCAGAGUUAUGUUUCGGUUGGGAAGCCAGCAACCACAUCACCGGGGUGACCAAGAAUCCCUAUAAUCCAGCGUAUUCAUCAGCUGGAUCGUCUGGAGGCGAGGGUGCCCUCUUAGGGGCUGGAGCGUCUGUAAUAGGAAUUGGAUCAGACAUCGCUGGUUCAAUUAGAUUGCCGGCCCUAUUUAAUGGAAUUUUUGGACAUAAACCAACCCCAAGUAAGAUAUUUAGUAUCAAAAAACCAUAUUAAAAGUCAACCCUUUUUUUAUAAA